AUGCGCGAGGCGCGCUUUGCUCCAUGGGAGAAUGUCCUGAUAGUGCCCAGCGGAACAAAUGUGGAUUCGAAGCACCGGGCAUUCAGGAACUUCCUCAUUGCGACUGAGAAUGAUCCCGCUCUGCUGGAUGAUCCAUCAACGGAGGUGAAGGUGAUCAUCGAGGUUGCUAGGAUGAUUGCGUCUCAUAUGUCUUAUCCCGACGAUAUGGAAGUGGAAGAUCUGGCAAGGAUCACCAUUGAUUCCUUGAUGGCCAUUGAAAUUCGAAGUUGGUGCCGUCGGCAUGCCGGGAUUGAUGUGCCACUUGUGGACAUAUCAAACUCGGGGACCGUGGGCGCAUUGAGUAAAAUCAUCAUCAAAAUUCUCCGUGAGAAAUACGAAAAGGGCGCUUCAGCCGAUACAUUGCUUUCAUCGACUGCACUUCCAGACAAACUCGAAAUUCUCCGACAAGAUACAGAUCUGGGCAAGACAAUACAAGCUGUCUCAGGCCCGAUUCCAAAUUGGCUUUCUGAUAUCGAAGGUCGGGUCUUCUUCACUGGUGCCACUGACUUCCUAGGAUCUUUCUUGCUCUCGUCCCUUGCGCAUCUGCCACAGGUCGAGACUAUUGCCUGUCUAAUUCGAGCACCUGACGCCGAAACGGGGUUGGCCCGGAUUAAGCGUAACCUGACCAAAUACGGACUCACAAUGGAUUUUGACUCGAAGCUUCUUGUGAUCCCGGGAGACCUGACUGAUCCAACUUUCGGCCUUGGGCAAGAGAAGUUUGACCAGCUUGCGCAUUGGGCAAGCGUGGUCUUCCAUUUGGGUGCAUAUGUCAACUACACUCUACCGUACUCCUCUCACCGCGAUGUCAAUACUACCGGACUUCUUCACGUCCUUAAGUUUGUCAGCCACAUGCGUCUGAAACCAUUGCACUUUACUUCCAGCAUAGGAGCAGCAGGACCCAGGGGUCUCCUUACUGGGGAAGAUGUUGGGGAAGACCAGAGACCCAACUUGGAUACAGAACGUGCGAGGCAGCAUGUGGGAUAUACACAAAGCAAGCUUGUUCAAGAGAACAUUGUAUGGGAUGCCAUAGACCGCGGGUACCCAAUCGCUAUCUACCGUCCCGGACUCGUUAUGGGACACAGCAGUACCGGCGUGUGCAAGCCCGAAGACUUGAUGAACCGAAUGAUGUCCAACUGCAUCCUCACAGGCUGCUAUCCAGAUCCACCUCAGCAGCGGAACCAAUUUGUCCCUGUGGAUUACGUCUGCUCAGCCUUGUUACGAAUCUCCAUGUACAACGAUAAUUUGGGCCGUGUGUAUAAUCUUGCUCAUACAAAGCAAGCGGAGAGUAUCACCAUGGCCGAAGCGUUUGAGAUCGUCAGUGCGUGCUGCUCCUCUCCUUUGCGGUGCGUUGCACCCUCCAAGUGGAUUGAGGAGGUUUCCAGCAAAGGUCAGCAUAAGGUCAAGUUGUCUACCUCGUUUCUGGAUGAGCAGUUGUCACAACACGAUGUCUGGUGGGGAGGCGGAAGUCCGGGACAUAUGGCCAUGUAUCGGACAGAGAAUGUACGUCGUGCGCUGGCAGACUGUCCGGAGAUUUUGGAAGUUAAGUCAAUGGCUGAGUUGGUCAGGACGUAUCAUCCUCAAUGGGUCAAUUUGACGAAGAUCUGA